UUAGACUUUUCUCUACCAACAUAACUAAAUUAGACAUUCAAUUUUUCAAACAUAUGAAAAAAGCAAAAUUCAAAAUGAUGACAGCCACCGUAAUUGUAUAAAAAAUUCAACAUCCACCUCUAUAUAAAUAUAGUAAACAAUUUCCCCAUUAAUAAAAACAAACACUAAUCAUACAAUAUGAAGAUUUUAUUACUUUCUUGCUUCCUCUACCUUACCUUAUUUCAAACAAUAAAAUCCGAACCGGUUCUCGAUACUAAUAACGAACAAGUCCGUCCGGGGUACACCUACUACAUAUUGCCCGCGGGCAGUGGUGGUGGCCUAACGCUAUCCAAAGGCGAAAACGGGAGCUGCCCCCUCGAUGUUUUUCAAGCACGAAACUCUCAAAGUGUAGGCAUCCCGUUGAAAUUCUUGAUGGUGAAUUCUAGCGCGGGUUUAGUAAUCGAUGAAAAUGAAGACAUAAAUAUAGAAUUCGCAGCGCGAAGGUACGUAUCGAUUUGUAAUGUAUCGACUGUUUGGAAAAUUGAAGAUGGGAUUGUGACUACUGGUGGAAUUAAGGGUGGAUCGGAAAAUGGCACGUCUACGAGUUUAUUUACGAUUCAGAAAUAUGAAGAUGCUUAUGCUUUACAAUAUUGUCCUAGAGCUACAGGGUGUUCUUUUAUUUGUCCAAGAUUGUUGUGUGGGUAUAUUGGUAUUUUAACAGCUGAAAAUGGAUCGAGGCAUUUGGCUGUGAACCGGCCGGUUUUCAAGAUUGUGUUCAGGAAGGAAUAAAAAUAUUAGUUUUCAUAGUAUAAUAAUGACAUAGUGAAAAUAAAUAAUGAUGUUAUACUUUGUGGGAGGUGUUUUAUUUUGAUUUUUCAUUUUAAUUCUUAAGAAUAAAUUCUUGAUAUAUAUAUAUAUAUAUAAAUUUCUUGUUGUUCACCUUUCUGUUUGGUUUAUAUGUGUAUUUCAAUAUUAAAGUGUGUGGUAUUAGUGUACAUAAAGAGGAGAAAAUGAUGUUAUCAAUUUUGUUUUA